UGAACGAUUUUUUUGAAGGUCGAGAAUCGAAAUUGACAUUGACGUUCUUUCUAUUUCCUAUCAAAAAUUGACACAACAAAAUGUCUAAGAGAGGACGUGGUGGUUCCGCGGGAGCAAAGUUCCGCAUCUCGCUGGGUCUCCCAGUGGGAGCGGUGAUCAACUGCGCAGACAACACAGGAGCAAAGAACUUGUAUGUGAUUGCCGUGCAAGGUAUCAAGGGUCGCCUUAACAGAUUACCAGCAGCCGGAUCCGGAGACAUGAUUGUUGCUACUGUCAAAAAGGGAAAACCUGAACUCAGGAAAAAGGUAAUGCCAGCAGUGGUUAUCAGGCAGCGGAAACCGUUCCGUAGGCGGGACGGGGUGUUCAUAUACUUCGAGGACAACGCGGGUGUGAUCGUGAACAACAAGGGAGAAAUGAAGGGGUCAGCCAUCACCGGGCCCGUCGCCAAGGAGUGCGCCGACCUCUGGCCUCGUAUCGCGUCCAACGCCAGCUCCAUAGCUUGAAUAUAAUGUUAAGAUUA